AUGUCAAACCAGUUGGUGCCCCCGUUUUGGGUUCGCAGAGGAGUUGUCUUCGACCGCGUCAUCCAGGAUGUGUGCGAUUCCUCCCAGAUCGACUUUGAAGAGGGUGGCGUUGACCAGCAGACUCUGGAGGACUUGAGACAGGGAUGGCAGAAGAAACUAUCUUCUCUUGGGGUCGCCCAUUUUCCAUGGGAUCCCCAUCCGCAGCCCCCUCCCUCUGCGCCGCAGCAAACCUCAAUCCCUCCACCCCCUGUCACAGUUCCGUCUAACGCUCCGCGGCCAUCACCUUCCCCUACUGCUCCGCAGUAUCAAGAACAAGUACCACCCCAGCCGACUCCCAGCCCUGGAGUUGGUUCUGGACAGAUGAUUUCUGAUAUUCGCGUGAAAUCUGAACCUGGAUAUAUUCCGGGCCCCCAGACUGCUGCGAAUAUUGCCCAGCAACGUGCCGCCAGCGCCCUGCAACAACGCUACGGCGCCGCCGCUGCGAACCAGAUUCAUCAAUUACAGGCUCAGUCUCAGGCUGCACUUUCCCUUCCUGGCCAACAACGACCUGGUCCACUUCCUCAGCAUCAACAGCAGCCUAUUGGAAACAGCCAAACCGAUGGUUCGAGUGAUUCUGGAAACGAUGCGCUGGCGGAAUGGAAACGCGAAGUUUCUAGAAGAAGAGAGGCGGCCAAGGAGAAUGGGACUGAGGCAGAUAGACUUAUGAGAGAUUUUGUGAAGCUUAGAGGUCUCCAGAUGGAGGGUAAUGGUCUGCUGGCGCCCCUUAAGGACCGUUAUCCUAGAGCUAGUGGCACCAAGCGCAGAGCAGCCCCAAAAGCAGGCCGAAAUAUCCCUGGACUUACCGCCAUCCCCGAAGCGAGGGCCCCGACGCAACCAGUUGGAUAUGAUGGCGUCGACGACUUCGGCAUUAAGAGAGACGAAGAUGAGGAUGCAAUAAAUUCCGACCUCGACGACCCUGAAGAUCUUAUUGACGAUGACCCCGAAGGUGACGAUGCUGUUGGUCAAGUUAUGCUUUGCACAUAUGAUAAAGUGCAGCGGGUGAAAAGCAAGUGGAAGUGCACCUUGAAAGAUGGAAUUUUGACCACAGAAGGCAGGGAGUAUGUAUUUCAUAAAGCUACUGGAGAAUUCGAAUGGUAUUAA